UGAAGUUUGCUUUAGUUAUCAGUUUCCUCAAGUUUCCUAUCUUAAAUUAUGUCAGCGAGAUCUUCAAGUGCAUCGGCACGUUAGUGCGGCCGCGCCUAAUUUUGGAGACUUUUCUCGUUUCGCGAGUGGCAUACCCGUAUCUUCCCUUUUGUUUUUCGACUAUUUUUUCAGGUCAGUCGAUCUCGAACCAAAUUUGGUAAUGAAGAUUCAUUGCGUUUCCACCUUCUCGACGUACAAGACGAGCGACCUGGAUACCUUUCUCUGCAAGCAAGAAUGGGAAAGAAGGCUCGAAGACGAUUGGGACAAGCCGCGUCGGGACUCGACCUCGCAGUUAGAUGAAUUCUUCGAGCCCAACCACAACCGCCUCCAGCCUAAUAUGAGCUACGUUUCGAUGAGGUCUCUACCGGGAACCGACGACGACGUAUUCCUCAGGCCGCCCCUCUGGGAGGACAUAGCUAGCAGUAUACAAAAUAUAGAUCCCGAAAAUGCCAACAUGUUGGUGGGGGCGGGUCACGUUAAACUAGAAGCCGUCGAUGAUCUUGCCGUCAACUGCGCCCCCACGCCGCUACUAUCGCCAUUAGAAAUAAAAACCGAAAAGAUCCUCCAGCCUGGGCCGACGCUGCAACUGCUGGGCACACCGGCGUCGCCGUUCAGCCAGCAGCAGCCCACGAGUCCGCCUCAGCAGCACUACCAGCAGCAGCCCCUCCACUGUCCUAACAAUAACGCGCACCCCCAGCAGUACAAAUAUAACAGCGGCAGCACGCCGGGCCCGGCGCCCGCGAACGCCCUCUACCCGCCGAUGUCGCGCCUCAUGUACACCUCGCCUCUCACGCCGCCCAGCUCCGAGCCCGGAUCGCCGGGCGGCACGCUUCCGAGACGCACGCCUCCACCGCCCUACCCCAACCCGGGCUGCCAGCAGACGCCGAACACGACGCCCGGCAGUACGCAUCGCCUCACCACGUCACUCAAAUACAACAGACGAAAUAACCCCGAACUGGAGAAGAGGCGGAUACACCACUGUGAUUUCAUAGGGUGCACCAAGGUUUACACUAAGAGUUCACACCUCAAGGCGCACCAGAGGAUACAUACAGGCGAAAAACCAUACCAAUGCCAAUGGCCCGAAUGCGAAUGGAGAUUCGCAAGAUCGGACGAACUGACGCGCCACUACCGAAAACACACCGGAGCGAAACCGUUCAAAUGCGCCGUAUGCGAAAGAUCGUUUGCCAGAUCGGACCAUCUUGCCCUACACAUGAAACGACACCUACCGAAGACGACAAAAUGAGACACGUCAUAAGUUAGCGUGCGAGAACGUCACCGGUGCCCGAACCAAUCUUUCAAAUUAAAAAAUGAAAAUUACCAGCUUUAAUAUAGACGUGUGUGUUGUAUAUUAGAGAAUGCUUUACUUGAAUAUUCUAGAUCUCGAAGAGUUUAACUAUUUUUCUCAAUCAGAUAAUAUGCCUUAAUUGAUGAUGUGGCCUUUUUCCAGUGUACUUAAAACAAUUUGGAGAUAUUUUUUGUAAUUUUGGUAUUAUUUAUAUUAUGUGAUUUGUUAACGUUUUAGAACUGUUAUUUAUUACCGACUGUGUCCUUUACAAUGGACACUUUCGAUGGUUUUUUUUUGUUAGAAGGAUUAUGAACUUUGUUAAUAAAUAAUGCCUCUUUUAUAAUGUAGCUUAUUCAUGAGUUUGCAACUUUGUUUUCUUCUGUGUAUUUUUAAAUGUCACUAUUUAAUGUAACAUUGCCAUCUUACUUUUACUAGUGUUGUGAUUUUUAGAUUGUUAAUUGAAGUGUAUAUGUCAUGUACAAGUUCAAUACUUGAAGUUACCAAAUAUGUACAUGUAACGAUUUGUACAUAAAUAAACUAAAAGAAAAACUACUAUUGGCUAGAUACUAGUCAAACAUUCCAAGAUGCGGUUAUGAAAUUACUUUAUUUUACAACCAACUAUCCAUAUUACACAAAUGUGGUAUCACUAUCAGCAUUCGACAGAUGUAAUUAAAAUUUUCUGUAACAUUAGUAUAUAAUUUUUAUAUAUUAUUUAUGUAGAUAAGUCAAUGAUAGCAUAUCUGUUAAGUUAUGUAGUGAAAUUGUUUUUUUAAUUUUUGUAUAGUUUACUUUUUAAUACAGUUU